AUGGAAAGACAAGAACAAGAACAAGAAGCGAACAAGAAGAUCUCCGAUGAUCUGAGAAGCACAUACCUGAUUCCACAUGAUGCCAUCGAGGAGAUACUCAAAGCAUCAACUGUUGAAACCCUAGCGAGGUUUCGCUGCGUAUCGACGCAGUACGCAUCCAUGAUUCGCAGCCGAGAGUUCAUAAAAUUGUACUUGAUCAAGUCUUCUACUCGUCCCAAAAGCCUCAUAAUCUCAUUCAAGGAGUUUGAACCUUUGGGGUUGGGGAAGCAAUUCUUCUUCUCAGCCAGUCAACCUCUAAAUCAAGGUGAAUCAUCAUCGUCAUCCUCUUCAGCAACUUACCAUUUGCGUUCCCGACAUCUACCGCACACAACUUAUGCUGCUUCUGUUCAUGGUUUGAUAUGCCAUGGAGGUCCUUCUAUGAUUGAGAUAUAUAACCCUAGCACUAGAAAAUCCAUUACUUUGCCUAAGAUCGAUUAUGAGAGUUUCCCGUGUUACAGUUACUUGGGUUAUGAUCCCAUCUAUGGUGAUUACAAAGUGUUGUGUAUGGUGAAAGCAGGAGACUUUCGUGUUUUGACUGUAGGAAAGGAUAAAUCUUGGAGGAAGAUUGAAGAUUUUCCUCCCCACUUUCUUCAUUCUCCUUAUUCUCCUGAUAUAUGUCACAAUGGUGUUUUGUAUUAUAUAGUUCAUCUCAACACUGAUAAGAAGAUUGAUGCGAUUAUGAGUUUUGAUGUUACGUUAGAAAAAUUUGAUCACAUAAAACUACCAGAGUUACCAAACAGUUUCUCGCGUCAAAGGCUGACAUCCUACGAGGGAAGGCUUGCAUUCUUUAGCUCUGGAACGUAUGGAUAUAGUGAUCAUAGCAUCAGAUUGUGGGUUCUAGAGGAUGCUGUGAAACAUGAAUGGUCGAAACACUUGUACGUUCCACCUCCAUUUGAUGGCAUCACUUUUGAUGAUUGUAUUGCCUUUGGUUUUACUGAUGGAGGUGAAUUUGUUUUUGCACCCCUACUGGUUUAUAGUGAUCAAAAACCAUUUUAUGUUGUCUAUUUUGAUAUCAAGAAAAAUGCUGUGAGAAGAGUCGUCAUAGAAGGAAUAUGCACAGAACUGGCUGAGGACACAUUGUAUAUCACACAAUCUAUCUUCUCUGGUCAGAUUGAUAAUCCCAUGUUUCUCUAA